AUGGGUCCAAAGAAACAACAAGAAAUAUCGACAAUGCGUCGAUUAUUUGGUUUUGAAUUAGCUGAUUUUCAAUCAUGGUCAAAUUUUGUUAAACUAAUGAAUCGUCCAGAAGAUCCAAGUUCAUUAGCUGCUUUGCGUAUUUUAUUUGGUAUUUUGAUGAUGUUGGAUAUUCCUCAAGAACGUGGUAUGUCUCAUGCUGAUGUUUAUUAUCCGAAUGAAGAUAAAGAAUGUCAAUUUCCAUUAUUCAAUUUUCUUGAACCACUUCGUGCUGAAUACAUGGUUGUCGUAUAUUUCAUUAUGUUUCUCAGUGCUAUUGGUAUCACAUUGGGUUUAUUUUAUCGUUUAGUAACAAUAUGUUUUACAAUAACAUAUUGGUAUGUUUUUUUUCUUGAUAAAACAUCAUGGAAUAAUCAUUCUUAUUUAUAUGGUUUAAUUGGUUUUCAAUUAAUGUUUUCUGAUGCACAUCAUUAUUGGUCAAUUGAUGGAUUAUUUCGAAAGAAAAUUCGAAAUUCACAUGUACCUUUAUGGAAUUAUACAUUAAUUCGAUAUCAAGUAUUUCUUGUUUAUUUUAUUGCUGGUUUGAAAAAAACUGAAUGGGAUUGGGUUGCUGGAUAUUCAAUGGAUUCAUUAGGUGAUCAUUGGGUAUUUUCACCAUUUCGAACAUUUUUGACCAUAGAACAGAUUACUUUAAUUAUUGUACAUGUUUGUGGUCUCUUCUUUGAUUUAUUAGUUGGUUUUGCACUUUUUUUUGAUCGUUCACGACCAAUUGGAAUUUUCUUUUCAGUUACUUUUCAUUUAAUGAAUUCUCAAAUGUUUAGUAUUGGUAUGUUUCCAUAUACAAUGCUUGCGACAAUUCCAAUAUUUUUUCAUAAUGAUUGGUUACGAAAAUUUUUAAAUCGUUUCGUACCAAAAUUUUUAUAUAAAGUAGAACCAGUACAAUAUAGUUCAUCAUGUUUAUAUUCAAAAGAAGAAAUUAAACCAGAAGAAUCAAAAACUCAAUCAUUAAAAUCAGCAAUUGCAAAUGCUAAUUCAAUCAAAAAUGCACCAACUAAACCAACAUUUCGUCAUAAAAUUUUUACAAUUUUUGCACUACUCUAUCUUACUGAACAAGCAUUUUUACCUUAUUCACAUUUUAUUACUAAAGGUUAUAAUAAUUGGACUAAUGGUCUAUAUGGUUAUUCAUGGGAUAUGAUGAUACACAGUUGGCAUACUCAACAUGUAAAAAUAACAUUUAUUGAUAAAACUACUCAAGAACCUCAUUAUUUAAGACCAACAGCAUGGGCAUCAGCAAAACGAUGGAGUUCUCAUGCUGAUAUGAUUGUUCAAUAUGCUCAAUGUAUAAAAGGAAAAUUAAAAGAACAUGGUUAUGAUGAUGUUGAACUUCGUUUUGAUAUAUGGCGUUCAAUGAAUGGACGAUUUAAUCAACGACAAAUUGAUCCACGUAUUGAUUUACUUUCAUCAGAUGUUAAAUGGAGUCCAUUUAAAGAAACACCAUGGUUACAACCAUUAUUAACAAAUUUAAGUGAUUGGAGAACACGUAUGUUACAAAUUGAAAAUGAUUUAUCAAGUAAAGAUCAAAAUGUUCUUGUUACAUUUGUUGCUGAUUUUCCAGGUCUUUUUCUUGAAAAUUAUAUACCACCAGAUUUAAAUACAACUAUUGAAGUACUUGAAGGUGAAGUUAUAGUUGAAUUAAUAAGUUUAAAAAAAAAUAUUACUUUAAAUGUUGGACAAAAUCUAACUGUACCAAAUGGAGAUUAUCAUAAUGUUUAUACAGUUUCAUCAACACCUUCAUGUUAUAUGUAUGUUUAUUUAAAUCAAUCUGAUGCUGAUAUUGUUCAUUUAUGGGAUCGAUUUUAUAAUUUAACAGAUCGUUUACUUAAUGAAACAAUUGAUUAUAAUCGUCCAUUACAUAGUGAUAAAGAAGAAGCUGAUCUUGUUCGUUUAUCAUAUGAAGAUGUUUUUGAAAAAUUACGUAAUAAAACACUUCAUGAAUUAUUAGAACUUCCAAAUGAUUAUAAAAUACAUAAUAAAAAUGAAUCAAAUAUAAAUUGGACUAAUAUUCGUUUACAAUUUGAAACAAGUAUGAAUCGAUCAAUGGUUAAACGUUUAGAUACUAAAGUUAAAUGGCAUGAAAGAAAUCUUCGAAUAUUUAAAUCAUUUAUGAAUAGAAAAAAAAAACAAUUCUUACGAUGUUAUCAAAUUGUCAAAUUGGCUUUUAAGAGUAUUUUCUAUCAAACAGAUUUUUUUCAAUUAGUUGACAAUGAAAUUCGUAAUGUUGAUGAAGAAAGUACAACAAAUGCUAUUAUUACUGAAGAAUCUCCUCCGCAAACUUCAUCAAAAUCAUCAUCUUCUUCAAAGAAAACUUCAUCAAGUGCUAAAACAAAAAAGAAAAAUACAAAAAAAUAA